AUGACCCGCCUCUGCUUACCCAGGCCUGAAGCCCUUGCUUAUCCUGUCCCACUCCCUUCCAGGGGCAUGGGUGCUGGGGAGGGAUCGGGUAGCCCAGUGGGUCCAUGUGUGUCCCCCUGGGGCCCUAGCCAGGCCCAAGUCCUGGACAGUGUCCUAGGGCUGGGGGCACUGGGGCUGACAAUUCGGGCAGUCUUUUCCACAGCUGGCCCAGCCUCGCUGCUGCUGCUACCGGUCAGCUUCCUGGUCUUCGACCUGCUCCACCGGUAAGUGGACAGCAGCCUGGCAGGCCUGCCCACCUGGCCACAGCACACACAUCUCACAGGGGGCCAGAGUCAGGGGGCCAGCGAGGGUCCAGGGCAGCAGGAGUCUCCACUCCUGCCCACGAUGGCAGUCACAGGACGACUCAGCCUCCAGGAGGCUCUGCUGCUGCUGCUCCUGGGCCUGGGGCUACUCCUGGGAGCCCGCGGCAUGCCCUUGGCACUGCUUGCCCUGGCUUUCUGCCUCCAUCCUUGGGCCUGA